UUUGCCCCGCUGUCACGGUGUGUUCCCAUCAGAAGCAGUCAGACCUUGCCCACCACAAUGUUUGGCAUCAGGGCAUUCCUACAAAAAAUCCUGAUUCUUCUGCAUGUUACUAUGUGUGUUGUUGUUGGCAAAACACUGAUGAUACUGUUCCCCAAUGCCAUGAAAAGAUACAUCCUAAAACUGGGUGAAAAAAGCAGAAUGAAUGAGAACCCGAAGUUCAGCUACGAAAACUGGGGUCCGACUUUUUUCAGCUUCAAGUAUUUGCUCUUUGUGCUGAAGGUAAAGUGGAAGAGGCUGGAGGAUGAAGCCCUUGAGGGACAUCCUGCUCCCAACACGCCGGUGGUGACUUUAAGCGGGGAAGUUUGUCGCCUCUUCGACUUCAUGCAAGAUAAUAGACCUUUAAUCUUGAAUUUUGGAAGCUGCACCUGACCUUCAUUUAUGUUAAAAUUUGAUGAGUUCAACAAGCUCAUCAAAGAUUUCAGCUCAAUAGCAGAUUUCCUUAUCAUCUACAUCGAAGAAGCUCACGCAGUAGAUGGAUGGGCUUUUAAAAACAAUGUUGUUAUUAAAAAUCACAGAAGCCUCGAAGAUCGAAAAAUUGCAGCACAAUUUCUUCAGAAAAAUAAUCCUUUAUGUCCAGUGGUUUUAGACACUAUGGAAAACCUGAGCAGUUCAAAAUAUGCUGCAUUGCCAGAACGACUGUAUCUACUUCAAGGAGGGAAAGUCAUCUACAAGGGAGGAGUGGGGCCUUGGAAUUAUCACCCCCAGGAAAUACGUGCCAUCCUGGAAAAAAUGAAAUAGAAAAAGAAAAGGACUUCAGAGUAAAGAUGGUCUGGAU